AUGGAUGCGGAGGUGGAGGAGACAGGGAAGCCGAAUUCCGCCGUGGUGUCACCCGUCGACAACGAGGAGAGGCAGCACGUGGUAGACAGCGAGGCCAACGGCGACCCCGCCGCCAUGAAGGCAAAGUCGAGUGCCACCAACCCCAAGAAGGCGCCUCCCUGCGGUGAGUACCCGACGGAGGCGCCAAAAUAUUUUGCAAACAACCACCACAACAACAGAAGCGGCAGCAGGAGGAAAAGGAAGGGGGAUGGAGGCGGAGGAGGGAAGAAAGAGGCGGCGGAAGAAUAUCCCAUCGAGGAGUCGGGCGCAUCGUCUCAACGGCCAAAGGGAGCAGAUGUUCACCCCACCACGAGUCCCAGGAGAGAGUGGAAAGGGGACUGUCGACCCGUAAGGAAAAGGGAGUUGUCGCAAAAAAACCCACGCAUUUCGCCUCAGAAAGUUUAUUCCGCACCCAUCGCUUCUGUGUCGAGGCAUUCAGAGAAAUUGACACAACACUAUGGCAAAGCAUCACCCACGGCGAGGCAGAAACGCGGGCAACAACAACAAGAACAACAAGAACAGCAGCAGCAGCAGCAGCAACGUCCUGAAUACUUGCUUUCAAUGGGAAAAAAUGGGGAAUAUGUCUCUCAGACCCCUCCUGCCGAAGAAGGUGGCCGGCGUGGGAGGGUUAGGAAUCAGGCGUUUCUCGAGCAUUAUACAAGCGUCUAUAUGAAAACUCCCCGGGCGCCGCGGCGUCAACAAAAGUUGCGCCCUAUAAACCUGGGCGGUGAAGGGGGUAAAACCUUCUUAAAUCAAGCCGCACAGGCAUAUGAUCGCAAGGCCGAUGAUUUACACCGCGAUGAUGAGUACCCUGUUGAGGAUACACAAGACGGACAGGUGCCAUUGCUAGGGCAUACGCAUAAGAGCGAUAACAAUAUGGAAAGUGACAGUGUUGAGUCAAAAGCCAAGUGGAUUCCUUUUUCACGGGGCGUGAAUCAUCUCUCAAGCAUGAGUAUGGUCAAUGCAUCUUCUGUGAAGAAAGAGUUUAUGGAGGACAAUGUGCCGUCCCGCGAUGAAACCCAAAGGCGUAUUUCUUCACAACGGUUAUUACAGACACGGUGUCAGAAUGACGAAUUUCAGCGUUGUCUGCAUGAACUAAUUGGCCUAUUUAACAGCAGGAGCGAGAAAGAUAUGGUGACAAGUCUGGGCUUUAGUUACGCCUGUAUUCUCGCUGGCAAACGAAGGCAAAAGCCUUCAGAAAUCCCAGAAGUGUGGUUUAUGAGUCGUCGUGCAUUACUGCUGCCCCAACACCGCGGGGCUGCGGAGCGGGCACAGGAAACAACACAGCUUCCACUAAUUUACUCCAACAGCAACAGCAACAACAACAACAGGCGAAAUGAAUCAAGUGCCUCUUUUGCAGAAAAUGUGCCGGGAACGAAGAAAUCGGGAUGUUCUAAUGAAAGGAGAGGCAACGGGUUGCAAAGUGUGCGACCAGCGCAGCAAGAGAGUCAGGAUGCCUUUGCUGAGUUGGAAUUGGAGGAAUGUGAGCAAGGGAGAAACACGGAUGGUUUCAAGAAUGUGGAAUCAACAGAAAAAUUGGAUGAUGUGCAUUGCGAAGGUGAGAAACACAAGGAACUGCUUGCCAGAUGA